AUGUUUGCCCGCGCUGUUCUGCUGCUCGCUCUUGGCGCCGCCGCCUCCGCGCAACAAUUCGAGGGCUUCCCCAACGGUCUGACCUGCAAGACUGGCAGCGGCGGUACCGGCUCCACCACCAUUACCAAGAUCGAACUCCAGGACGCUAUCGUCGGUCCCCAGGGUGACAAAUACGACAACUCAGCCGCCAACGUCGCGUCCGGCAAGUGCACUUCGCUCUCUGGAAUCCCUUUUUUCCUGACCGGCGUUACUGGCAAGAACAGCGUCACUGUCGGCUUCGCUUACGACAAGGGCAAAGACACCUACCACUACUGCCUCGCACAGGGAGCUGUUGAUGAAACCGGAUGGCGUUCUGUGUGUACGGAGAACUAG